CGGCCCGUUUUGCAUGGUUUACUUUCGGACUUGGCCCGAAAUGGUGACGUUCUGGAGGGGAUGAUGUGGCUGGCUAAUGAGAUAUUGGUUCGCAAUUUGAGUGUAGUCUUGCGCCAUCUCGGGUCCGUCCGGUCAAUCACACAAUCCCGAGCCGGCUCCGGAGACGAUACUUUCGUAUAUCAUCACGUCCUUGGCUCCCUAUAUAAACGAUAAAUAUAGCGAUAAAUGCGACAAUAUCAGCGAUUAUAUAUUUGUCAUAUAAAGUCACAUCCUGGACCAUGACCGACUCUUCAAAGCUUCAGAUUGCUAUCAUCGGCGCCGGCAUCGCUGGUCUUGGUGCAGCCAUUGCACUGAAACACCACCCCGCUAUUGAUGUGCAGGUAUACGAAAAAGCUUCAGAGCUCAGGGAAAUAGGUGCUUCCAUCGCGCUUGGUCCCAAUGGAAUGAGAACCUUGGAUAGACUUGGCGUUCAAAAUGCUUUAGAUGAUGAAAUCGCGUUUCGAAAUAAGUCGAAAUAUCCAAUGAUCUAUCGCCAUUGGCAGACCAAUGAGAUCGUAUCAACUGAUUCUCAUGCUGGAGAAGUUGAGUACCGUCACUUGACUUCCCGCUUUUAUCGGGCGCAUCUGCAGGAAGCACUCGCGAAACACGUCGAUCCAUCUAAGAUUCAUCUGUCCAAAGCGUUUGAAUUCGUAAAAUUUGAUGAUUCCACUCGGAAGCUUAUAAUCACAUUCGCCGAUGGCACCACAGCUACGGCUGAUGUCAUCCUUGGUGCUGAUGGAAUCCACUCACCCGUUAGAACCUUUUUCGUCCCUACUUCAAGCACAGCUUGGACGGGAUGGGUAGCCUUCCGAUCCGUCUUCCCCGUUUCCCACGUCGCUCAGAUUAAAGAUCUUCCGGACGAGGCAAACCAUUUCUGGGGACCAGACCGGACGUUCUUCGUAUCGAAACUCGGAAGAGAUCUUUUCACCGUUGUUGGAUCAUACCAAGCCGACCCCAAUGCUCCCGAUGCACCUUGGAAGGAUUCAACGUGGAAUUCCGAUGGAAACGUGGAUACGAUUAGGGAGUUCUAUAAGGACUGGUCGCCGCUGGUUCGCCAGAUCGUCGACGCGGUACCUCAUACCAGGAUUUACCCGAAUUCAUCAGCUCACCCGUUAGAAACCUGGGUUGUGGGAGACGGAAAGGUCACUCUCGCCGGCGACGCCGCCCACGCCCACGGAGGCGCGUUCGCAGCGGGUGGCAGUCUUGCUCUCGACGAUGCAUGGGCGUUCGCAUCAUCCAUACUACACGUGUUCCCCGUAGACGCGAAGAAAAAGCCUACCGAUGCGGAGAUACAGAAAGCGCUGCGUAUCUACGAGAGAACCAGAAAGCCGCACACGGAUCGUGUGAUGAAGGUCGUUCAUGAAAAUAAUCUGAAGAAGGUGGCGCAGCACACGCAAGAGAGGAAACCGGAGACGGACGAGCAAUUGAGGGCUAGGAUAAAGAAUCGCGCGGACCCGAGUUGGAUCCAUGAGCACGAUGUCCAGGCCGCGUUUGCGCAGGCUGUUGCUGUGGAAACGGCUAGUCAGGCUGUGUCGAAUGGACAGGCGAGAUUGUGAGAAGAGGUUUUUGGUUAUUUUGUC